AGAGAGGAGUCUCAGGGCGUAGGGAGCGGACGCUUCUGUCUUACUAAGAAAGUCCACUCUUCAGAAAGAGCAGCUUCUCUCUCCCCACGGAGGAUGUCCACAGGUCCACACUGCAGCUAACACUGUACACGUUUAGUUCGAGUACCUUACUCAGUGUCACCAUGCCUCGGUUGCUUUUGCAGUGUUUGCUGCUCAUCUCUGUGUUUGGGUUUCUCUUGGCACAGGAUGAUGUUGCAUCAGGUGUAUCUUGUACAGCGGUCUCUUGUUCUUCCCCUUCUGAUGAAAGCUCAUUAAGGUCAAACCAACUAUCCUUGGAUAAAACCAACUGCCCAAUCAAUGUAUACUUCAUCAUCGAUACAUCUGAGAGCAUCAUCCUACAGACUGCUCCAAUUCAAAGUCUGCUGGAUCACAUGAAACGCUUUAUUCCGAUCUUCCUGGGAAAGUUGGAAAGUGAAGCAUAUCUUGACCAGGUUAUGCUCAGCUGGCAAUAUGGAGGUCUGCAUUAUUCAGAUGAGGUGCAGAUAUAUAGCCCUCUCACAACCAACAAGAAUGAUUACAUUGCAAAUCUACGCAAAGUGCAGUACAUCGGCCGGGGCACAUUUACAGACUGUGCCAUCUCCAACAUGACCGCUCAAAUUCAGGCUCAGGGGGGAGAUGCCAUUAAUUUUGCAGUGGUUAUUACUGAUGGUCAUGUUACUGGCAGCCCGUGCGGUGGUAUGAAGAUGCAGGCAGAGAGGGCUCGGGAUGCUGGUAUCAAGCUGUUCUCAGUUGCUGCAAGUCGGGAUGUAUAUGAAUCUGGCCUUCGGGAGAUCGCAAACCUGCCUCAUGAGCUGUUCCGGAAUAAAUACUCAGUAACCACUGCCGCAGAUCAGACCGAGAUAAACGAGGAAACCAUCAACAAAAUCAUCCAGGUCAUGAAACAUGAAGCUUAUGGAGAGUGCUACAAACUCAAAUGUCUGGAGAUUACUGGACCCAAAGGUAUGCCUGGACCAAGAGGACAAAAGGGCGCCAAGGGAAAUGCUGGUGAACCUGGAGCUCCUGGAGAAAAAGGAAGGCAGGGUGACCCUGGAAUUGAAGGACCAAUUGGCUACCCAGGUCCUAAGGGAGUACCAGGGCUGAAAGGAGAAAAGGGAGAUUAUGGUGCAGAUGGACGAAAAGGAGCAGCUGGAGUACCUGGUAGGAAUGGAACUGAUGGACAGAAGGGGAAAAUGGGCCGAAUCGGUGCACCUGGGUGUAAGGGAGACCCUGGUAAUAAGGGUCCGGAAGGUUAUCCAGGAGAUGCUGGCGAUCGAGGAGAGGAUGGAGAUCGUGGUGUGAAGGGUGAUCCAGGACGACCAGGACGCAAUGGACCCCCAGGGCCAUUUGGAGAAAAAGGAGAUAAGGGUCCUGCAGGGAACACUGGAGCACCUGGAUCUCCUGGAGUAAAAGGUGGUAAGGGAGACCCUGGGACAGUUGGACCAAAAGGAGAGCCAGGACGUAGAGGGGACCCAGGAAGCAAGGGUACCGCAGGUAACGAUGGCCCCAAAGGAGAAAAGGGAGAUCCAGGCCCAGAAGGUCCUCGAGGACUUGUUGGAGAACUGGGAAUUAAAGGAGCAAAGGGUGAUCGUGGGGUUCCAGGACCUAGAGGAGGACAAGGAAUUCAAGGUCUUGCUGGCAGGAAUGGGUCUCGUGGCGAUCCUGGUGACAUGGGUGAGAGAGGGAUCCCUGGACCUUCUGGACCCAAGGGUGACAGAGGUAGACCUGGUAUCAGUUAUCCAGGACCACGAGGGGCCUCAGGAGAUAAAGGAGAAAGAGGUCCACCCGGUCCAAUGGGAGGAAGAGGAGACUUUGGCUUAAAAGGAUCAGCUGGACCGAAAGGAAUCAAAGGAGAACCUGGAGAUUCUGGCUCUGCAGGAGAGCCUGGCCCCCGUGGGCCAAUUGGAGAUGGCGGAGAUCCGGGCGAUGUUGGCCCCUCAGGUGACCCAGGACUGACAGACUGUGACGUCAUGACUUAUGUCAGAGAGACCUGUGGAUGCUGUGAUUGCGAGAAACGUUGUGGUGCUGUGGACAUUGUCUUCAUUAUUGACAGCUCUGAGAGUAUUGGAUACACAAACUUUUCUCUGGAGAAAAACUUUGUCAUCAAUGUAGUGAGCAGACUGGGAGCUAUUGCCAAAGACCCUAAAUCAGACACAGGUGCCCGUGUUGGUGUAGUCCAGUACAGUCAUGAAGGUACAUUUGAGGCAAUCCAACUGGAUGAUCCUCGCAUUGAUUCGUUGUCCAGCUUCAAGGAAGCAGUGAGACGUCUGGAGUGGAUAGCCGGAGGAACUUGGACUCCAUCUGCUUUACAAUUCGCCUACAACAAGUUAAUCAAAGAAACAAGGCGUGACAAAGCCAAGGUGUUUGCUGUGGUCAUCACAGAUGGCCGUCAUGACCCAAGAGAUCCAGAUGAACAGUUGCAGGUGCUGUGUGGUGGAGAUGUCGAUGUUAAUGCCAUUGGAAUCGGAGACAUGUUCAACAAGCAUGAGGAAGAUGAGACUCUGACAUCAAUUGCCUGCAACCAACAACAGCGGGUGCAGAAGAUGAAACACUUCUCUGAGCUUGUAGCUGAUGAGUUCAUAGAUAACAUGGAGGAACGCCUGUGCCCAGAUCCUCAAAUUGUGUGUCCGGACCUGCCAUGUCAAACAGAGCUUUCAGUUGCUCAGUGCACACAGCGUCCAGUGGAUCUCGUCUUCAUCCUGGAUGGGUCAGAGCGUAUCGGCAAGCAAAACUUCCAGCAUGCAGCUGCGUUUGUGGAAGAGGUCUCCCGGCGAUUGUCACUGGCGAGAAGAGACGAUGACCCAGCCAAUGCCCGUGUUGCUUUGUUGCAAUAUGGCGGAAAGGACGAGCAAGCAGUUGUAUUCCCCCUUACCUUUAACCAGACAGAAAUUGCAGAAGGCCUGGGACGUCUCAGUUACUAUGGCUCAUCCUCUGUCAUUGGAGAUGCCAUUUUCUCUGCUAUCAACAAAGUUCUGCAGAGUGACACCCGUGGAGCAAGACGUUAUGCAGAGCCAUCUUUCGUCUUCAUCACUGAUGGAGUGACUGGUCAUGCAGGAUUAGAGGAGGCUAUUGGUUCCAUGAGAAAGAAUAAUGUGGUCUCCACUUUGGUAUCAGUGGGACCUGACACUGAUACAGAUGUGCUGAGGCAGCUGAGUAUGGGUGAGACAGCAGCUAUCUUUAGAGAAGCUGACUACACUAAGCUGACCGAGAGUUCUUUCAUGGACAGAUUUAUUCGGUGGGUGUGCUAAACAGAGUUUAGUAAUGGGGGAAAAAAGACAUACACAUAUAGGGGCAAUCACAGGCUUGGACCUAAACAUAUCAGUCAGUGAGAAAACCCAGUCAGGAAAUUCUCUAAAAUUAAAAAAAAAUUCACAUCUUAACAAUAUGAUGCAUGGGAAUAAAAACAAAGUAUUAAAAUAAGCUCUCUUUCUCUCAAGAAGCACUAUUAAAGAGGAUUCUCUGACUGGGUCAUUUUCUUCCUGCUUGAUAAAUGUGAACCAAAAAUUCAAGGACAGACAAGCACACUAAUUAAAGGGACAAUAUUGAUCAACGCAAACAUGCUUACAGGUUUACAGACGCAACUUUUUGUGGUUUUUUUUAUUCCUUAAAUCUGAUCCUUUGUUUUUUUAUUGUAAAAACUAAACAAUAGUUCUUACAGUGUGGUGCAUGCCCAAAGCAAACCUCUUCUAGUGACCCAUUCUUGCAGUACAUUUAUGCUGCAAUUGUUGUCAUAUGGUUUGUGUCACAUUUGUGGUGCUAAGUGCAGUUGACACUCCAGGUGCCCUGCAUCUGAAUCCAGUGGCAAGCAAGGGAAAUGUCCUGCGUAGAUAAUGAAGAUGGAUAUUAUUGUACAAUGGAGAGUUGAUUAUAUCCCAAAGUAAUGUUGAACACAACUGCUAUUUAGGGAUUAGGUGGCUCUGUGACUUGUCAACUUGGAGCUUCCUGUGGCGAUUGAAAUAAAUAUCCCUCCUGUCA